AUGGCAACCCUAAAAGAUGACAUGCUUACAAAGGUGUCUACAGAAGGCGCAACUGAUUUCGUUCAACUCUACCAUUCAGCUCUCUCGUCAAACAAAAGAUUGAUAGCCUCCUUCUACAGCUCCGCCAUAACCAACAUCCUUUUCAACGGAAACGUCAUCGCAGACGGCGCCGCCGUUGAAGACAUCUUUACCAACCAACUACCAACAACACGUCAUGAUAUACAGUCCGUCGAUUGUCAAAUUAUAAACAAAGCAUAUCCUACAGCCAAACCCGGAAACACUGCUAGAGAAAACGCCAAGAAUAUUUCCAUGCUUGUGACAGUAAGCGGCUCGGUGCAGUACGGCGGCAAGGACUCGCCGCAACAUGGAUUCAGCGAGACGUUUGUCCUUAUACCCAACACGGAAAGCAAGGAGAAGAAUCGAAAGGAUUGGUUGAUCCAGAGUCAGAACUUCCGCUUAGUUGUUUGA